AUGCCACGACCAAAAGGUAGUAAAAAAGAUAAAAAUAAAAUAAUUCAUAAAUCAUUAUCUCGUUUAUCUAUAUCAUCAUCUUUACUUUCUUCACAAACAUCAAUUCCAUUAAUAAAUAUAAAUUAUUCAAAUGAUUUUCUUAAUGAUGAUAUUAAUUGGAUUAAAACAUCAAUGAAUAAUACAAUUAUAAAUAAAAGUGGUAGAUUAAUAAAAAAAAAAAAUGAUUUUAUUAAUAAUAUUGAUGAUAAUAUAAUAACAACAAUAAAUAGUCCAACAAGUUCAUCAAGUGAAAUAAAUAGUGGUCGUGUUGUUAUUAAUCCAGCUGUAUUACGUUAUCUUGAACAAAAUCGAAAUAUAAAUUAUUCAACAAUAAUAAAUAAAACACAACAUAAAACAGAUGAAUAUUUCAAUAAAAAUACAUUAAUAAAUAUAAAUAAUGAAAAAAAUGAUCAUUUAUUUGAUGAUUUAUUUAAUAAUUUUGAUAUACAAGAAUCAAUUAUUAAAAAUAAUACAUCUAUUGAUCCAUUAUUAUCAUCAACCAUGCAUUCAAAUCAACAAUAUAUAUCAAUUAAUGAAUUUAUUGAACUUGAUAAACUUAUACAAAAUGAUCUAUUUUGGGAUUUUUGUACAUAUUCAACAGAUUUUUUAACAAGUGCUCAACUUGCUCAAUGGAUACUUACACAUCAAUAG